AUGAACGCACCAAUCCAGUCCCCCAAGCGCCAGGACUCCACGUCCUCCAUCUCCUCGUCGUCGUCGCACAUGUCCACAAACCAAAUGAUGGCGCCACCCCAACCCAACGGCCAGCAGCCCCCUUCAACCGAGGCCUUCCUCCGCGACUUCACCCUCGUCGCCGAGGCCGCAAAACGUGCCCAGAUGGCCCGCAUCCUCUUCGUUCACGCAAAGAGAGAGUCCGAAAGCGACCGAGCCUUUCCCAUCGUCCCGGGAAGCUUUUUCUCCAACUGGCUCAGACCGCCAUUUUGA